AUGAAAGAUUUUCACAACAUCACUCAAACUGAAGAAACAUUUGCUUGUCGACUAAAAGCAUAUAUUCUUUGGUCAAUAGUUGGACAAUUAUAUUGGAGUUAUGUUCUUCUUGCAUUCUUUCGUUUUGUUCGAAUUAUUUAUCCAAAACAAUUAUGGUUAUGUCGAUCAUUCUUCUAUCUAUAUAUACUUAUUCCUUGUCAAUUUAUAUUUGUUUUCAUUGGUAUUCUACCAUCAUUUUUAUUUUUUGAUUGUAUACAUUUAAUAUUAAACGAAGCUUUUUGUGAUAUUCUAAUCAAACCUGCUUAUUUCUGUGCAUAUUCGAAUACGAUUGCAUUUGGAAUUCCAUACACGAUUCUUUGCAUUUUCUAUAUAAAAAUUGGGCAAAAAAUGCGACAACCAUCAAUGAUACGAUUACAUCAAGAACGAAAUCGACGAGAUUAUAUUGUGAUUAAACGAAUGUUAUUAAAUUCGAUUUUACUUUGUCUUAUAGCCGUACCAUAUGUUGUUCUUUAUAUUAUAAGUAUAUUUUAUGAAUAUUUAAAUUCCACUACAUUACGUUUUCAAUGGUUAUCAUCAUCAUUUGGUUCGUUUUUAUUUUCGCUUUUUCUUCCAUUAAUAACUACACAACUUGGAAAUUUAUUAAAAUAG